AACGUCAUUUUGAUCAACAACAAACAAUUUUAAGCUGCAUUUCUGUAUCUGCAGACAAGAAAAACAUUCAGAUUAAUGAUUGACUGCCUAGUUCUUCAUGUGACCUCUUAAAAAGCCCCUUAGACCACACAAACCGCGAUAUUGUCAACCGUUCUCCACCCACUGUCUCGGCAUGUGAAAUUGAAAAAUGGCAUCUUUGAGUUCAUUUAAUGCCUCGGAAGUGUCUUCUAUAGGUGGUGCUCUUCAGGCUGACGCUGGCAAAUAUGAAAACAAACAAGAUGUAGAGUUCCAGUGGGCUGUCAAAGCAUACCAUCACGCCGAAACAUAUUUUAAUUUGAUAAGUUCAGUAGACCCUCGGUAUCUUAAGUUGACCCAGUUAGAUGACGAAAUCUACACAUUAUUCAGACAGGAGUUCCCAGACUUCAAUGUGGAAAUUUUGGAUGAAGACAAGAUGAAAUCACCAGCAGCAAAGGAGAAAUGGCGAGGAUUUUGCAAUAAAUUUCAAAAUCGUGUAGAAGACUUUAAUAUGGGCACACUUAUCAGGAAAAACAGUCAUGAAGAGUUCUCUGAAAGUAAUUCAACUUUAGUGGUACGGAUACAGUUCCUUGCGAUAGAGAUUGCUCGAAACAGGGAGGGCUUCAAUGAUGGACUCAAUAAAAAAACAAAGGAAACUUCAUGACAGAUGUGGAGGACAUUUUUUUAAAGAUAUAAAUAUAUAGAUGAUAAAUUGAACACAAAACUUUAUUGAACGAGUAGAAUCAGUCAUGUUGAUUUUUUUAGUUAUAGCAACUAAGAUUUCUAUUGAUCUGUAAACUUUCUGUUAUUUCUUUCAAUCAUUGUUUUGACAAAACUUACCAUAAUUGAUUACAUAUCAACUGGUAAGAAGAUAUUACUAGUAGUGUACAUUAAAAAAGACCUGUAUGAUAUAACAUGCAUCUGCUUUGAAGCUUAGGAUGCCAUAUUAUGUUUGGUGACCUUUUUUAGAAUGAUUACUGUAAUUAUAUUACAACAAUUCUGAACCAGAUAGAUGUAUUUGUUAUGAAAUGAUUUUGUUCCUAGUUUUUCCAAUCAUUACUGCAAUAAUGACUUCCUAGUUGUAAACAGGAUGUCAUAUGAGCCGCACCACAAGAAAACCAACAUAGUGCAUUUGCGAUCAGCAUGGAUCCAGUCCAGCCUGCGCAUCUGCGCAGUCUGGUCAGGAUCCUUGCUGUUUGCUUUCAAAGCCUAUUGCAAUUAGAAAAAUUGGUAGCGAACAGCAUGGAUCCUGACCAGACUUUGCAAAUGCACUAUGUUGGUUUUCUCGUGUUUUUGCGGCUCAUAUUUGGAAGAUGUUUGUUGGGAGAUGAAGUUGCUUUACAGUUUCAGGAAGUUGCAGGAGAAUGAGAAAGAAAAGAUGCUACAUUAAUUCAUUUUCUCAAGUAAAUAUUGUAGAACAUUCUUAAUAGUGUAAGAAAUUGAUGAAGUAUGACCCCUUAACGAUGUUAUCCCAAACCAGUUACAACCGUAAUUCAUGCAAUAUGAAGAGUAGAUGGAUGUUUUCUACAUAAAAUACUGAAUAAAACUGACAAAUUUUGCCCUAAUUUGAUAGAGAAGGGGGCAGUGCCUAAUGGUUUUUACUAAUCAUUGCUAAAAUAAAUUUGUCAUGUUAACGAUACCUUUUAUACCUUCAUUGUACAUGUGCAUAUGAAUUUAAUAAAAAUAGAUAAAAAACA